CGCGGGUUCUAUUUCCUUUUCAUGAUAUCUACGAGCGCGACCAGACAGAAACCGAUUUGCAAGAGGUGCGGUGAGAGAACUUUGGGGCACAAGCGCCAGGGCGGGCGCUUGGUGUGCCCGGGCGGGCUCGACCCGCCCCCGACGACCCGCCCGCGCAAGCGCCGCCGCGGCCUGUACGAGGACGAGGACUCUGAUACCGACGACCCCCUCCUCCUCAAGCCUCUUUCGUCCGGCGAGGCGCAGCCCCCCGCGUCCCGGAAGCGCCGCGUUAGCUACCAAUACGAUCGCGACUACUACGGCGACCAGGAAGAGCAUGAUGGACGUGACGCGCCCGUGCUCUCGGCGCGUGCGCGCGAGAUCGUGGCUCAGAAUCACUGCGUGGGCCAACUUACGCGCGUCGGGGUGCGUUUUACCUCGGAGCCCGCUCCCAACCUGAGAUUCCUGGCGCCGGCCUUCGUCCCCGGCCCUUCCAUCGAGGCCGCCCAGGACGAGGGAAUGCCGACCGAGAGCAGCGGGGCAGGUCUGUACCGCAUAAACGACGGGCUCAGUGUCGCUGGGGACGAGCAAGAGGACGACGAGGACGACGAAACUCGCACACAGAUGGGCGCAGACGACCGCAUUGACGAACUCGGUGCCGCCGGAUAUGAGCAGGAGGACGAGGAGGACGACGGGACUCGGACCCAGUCGGGCGCAAACGACCACAGUGACGAUUGGCGCACGCAGGGCUCGCCUCGCACCGCGUCUCAGACCUUACAGGCCGGCUCUAGCUCGCGGGCUGGCUCGUUUACGGAGCGCUGGGUGUUGGCCCUUGGAAAAGGCAAGCGCAAUGCGAGGUCUGCACCCAAGUCGGACCACACCGCGACCCCCUCCCGGCCUCCGUCCCGGAUAUCUGCGCUGAACUACGCGCCGUCCGGCCACGAGAAGCGGGAGCAUCUGGAUCUCAGCGCCCUUCCGCAGGAUACCGCCCCGCGUGAUAUUAGGGAGUGGGCCGCCAGCGUCCCCGCCCACCCCAGCGCGCACCACGGACCCCACUCGCACGCAGACGCCGACGACGCGGCGUCGCAAUUCGAGUUCGGGAUGCCCGCCACCGCCCCCUUCCCUCCCCCCAUCGUCGCCUUAGCCGGGCCGAACAUCAUCCCCCUCGCGCCCUCACGCCCCGCCUCGCCCACCCUUUCUUCCGCCUCCACCACCGACCGCUCCUCCACCACCGAAGACUCCGUCCGCUCCCUGGACGAGCCGCUCACGCCCGCGAUGGCCGCCGCCCAGGCGCCCAUCCACUACCUCGAGCGCAUCCUCCGCGCCGCAUCGAUUCCCAUCGCGUGCAUCUGCUGGGUCCCGACCGCGAGCGCCGCGCGCGCGAGCCUCGACAUCGCGCGCGCGGGGCUCUUCGUGUCGCUCGCGUACGACACGCACGACGGCGUGUGGAUCGUCGUCGCGGACACGAGCCGCAAGCUCGGGUGGGUCCUCGCGCACAGCGCCGUGCUCGUGCGCUCCUCGUUCGUCGCGCACAUCGGGGACCUCCCCUGGGGCGCGCCGCCCGCCGCGAUCGAGGCCGCGAUCGAGGCCGCAUUCCAUGCGGAGGUCCCCGCGCACCCCGUGCAGCUCAUGGGCGGCCAGCUGGGCGGCAUCGUCGUAUGGUGCAACGCGCAGAAUCUACUCAUUGCGUGAACCGGACGUGGGCUUCCCCGUGUCUUCGUGAAAGGUAAAGUAUGGUAGUCUUUCGCAUGUCUCUGCUCUCGGUUUCCCCCUCUGUGCGCGGUUUCCCUUCCCGCGGUCUCUCACUCUCUCACUUUCUCACUCUCUCGCUCUCUGUCUUGUCCUAUGCAUCUAUGUAACCCCGAACCUCUUAAACAGUAUGCCCUAUGCAGUACUCUGAUUAUUUUUCUUGUGCAAUGCCAAUUUCGUUCUGGCGACCCUCUU